AUAGCUUGUAUAUGUUUAGAAUGGGCGUAUUCGUUUGCCACGGGGUUAUAGUUCACGGAGGUGCAUAAGUCACGCCGCCACGCCGCCACGCCCCCCUUACCUGUCGUUAAGCGCCGACACGACCGAGCAGCGGUGCACGGGGAGAAGGGAUCAAUCGCGAAGGGAUCAAUCGUGAAGUUUGUGUGCGUCAGUGAAAAGAAACCACACACACACUCACACACCCACAAGUUCACAAGUACAGUCUGUAGACCUGCUGAACUGUGAGUAAAAGCCUUCAUCUGCAAUCUGCCUCCCUCCUCAUUACUCCUCACCUGAAGUGGCCACAAGUGGUGUUCUGGCCGACACACCAGACAUGAACGGGAGAUAAUUCCGGGACUAGCCCUAACCCCUACCAGGUUUCCUCCGCUACAUUUGAUGGUCCUUCGAGCCGGAUUAUCAUUGUGUUUAUGUCCAAGAUGGAUCGAGGUUCGGAGUAUGAGGAGUAUGGUGCACGCCCUAAACGGACUGUUCGGCUGCCUGCCCGCUAUGCUGAUUAUGAAAUGGGCCCACCAUAUAGAAAGGAUGCAGGGACGGCUCCCCUGCAGGGUGCGGCCAGGAAGGCCUCCUUCACCCCCCCUGAUGGUUCUUCCCCGACGAGAGGCUGGCAGAGGCGGGAUGCCGUUCUCCAAGAAAUGGACAUGUGCUACGGAGCUGAGAGCCAACUACACAGCCGGGAGGACGAGCUAGCCCCCAUGCCAUCCCUCAAGAGCUCAUUUCAGGAGCGGCUGCAUGAGCACUUUACGCCCCUGCCUUCAGCAUGGCCCCCCAGAGACCGACUAGAGGACUGCAAAGCAGAGCUGGAUGACAUCCGUCGUGAGAGGCAUCUACUUCAGCAGACGCAGCGGCGCAUGUCAACGGAUGUGGCGGAAAUGAGGACACUCCGCCAGGAGAUGAGGCAGCUAAUCCACUCUGUCCAGAACCUGCAGAGCCUAUCUCCUGCGCCCACCACUGGACCGGAGUCAGCUGCAAAGCCUCAACUGUCACCAGCUAAGAUCCAGCCCGAUGAGGAGGACGAGGACGAGUGGCCUGCACCUCCGCCAGGGCCAGGCCCCAUCGAUGACAGACUACAGCCUGCUCAUCCACAGCAGCCCGAGUCCCCUGUCGUCCAACCGCUGCCACCUCCACCUCCUGAGUACUUAUUGGGUCAGACACGAGUACGCCACCCCAGCACCAGCUACUCUCAUGUGCCAAGGCCCGUAGACGAUGCUGCUCAUUCCCUCCGUCCCUGGUUCCGGCCGAUUCCGCUACAAAGUCGGUCCCCACACGGCGCUCCUAGGAGUGAUGCUCAUGGCCAUACAUCACCCCCCCAGCUGCCUCCAGACACACCCUGGACGCAGCAGCCGCCACCCAUGCAGCCCUCUUGUUCCACACCCAUUACUCCUGAGCUGAGCUACUACGGACCAAGACCCACGAUCCCCCACUUCUCAAACCGCGACCCAAGUGAGUUUGCCCGCCUGAAGAUGUCACUCGAGAAUCUGCUUCCCCGCGGCGCGACGGAGUUGUUUAAGUAUCAGGUGCUGGUUGAUCAUCUGCGCCUGGAGGAUGCGAAGCUGAUCGCCGAUGCUUACCUCCACUCUCCUACCCCCUUCACUGACACGAUGACUGCUUUGAACGAGAAGUAUGGCCAACCGCACCAGAUAGCCCUGAGACGCAUCGCUGCAGUGAUGGACUCACCAGACAUCCGACGCGGGGAUCUCAUAGCAUUUGAGAGGUUUGCACUCCACAUACAGUCGCUCGUGGGGAUGUUAAGUACCCUGGGCACUGAGGGAGAAGUGGAGUUACGGUGUGGCUCCCAUGUGGCUCGCCUGCUGAGUAAGCUGCCACCGGAGCAACGGGCGGAAUUCCGGCGCUGUAUGUUCCACCGGGGCACGCGUACCCACACCUUGACUGAUUUUGCAGAGUGGCUGAAAUACGAGUCAUGGUGCCAGGAUGCUGACGGACAGGUAGCGGCGAGAGGAGUGAAGGAGAGACCGGUGGCCAAGACUGAAGUCCGGUCGAGCAGGCGGGUCACCACGGUGCUCCAUGGAGCCAAUGAAAGCGAGAAGCGACCUGAGACUUCGUCGCCAGGGAGGUCCUCGAGAGCCAACCGGACCAAACCCUACUGUCCGUACUGCAAUAACGAGGACCACUACCUUAGUCAGUGUGGAGCGGUAUCCAGGCUGACUACGGACCAGCUAACCGACUGGAUAAGGAGAAAUAAGAGGUGUUGGCGCUGUGCCCGGUCGCAUCAAGCGGCACAAUGCAACCUGAGGAAGCCCUGCAACCUAUGUCAAGGAAAACACCUCCGGGUGCUGCAUGAGGUGAACGCAAAGUCAUCGAAGGAGGCACGAACGCUUCAGUCAGUGGAGACCCACGGCGGCAGGCCAACAACGGAGGUGCUUUACCUGGACAGACCCACCGAGGGAAGCCGGGUGCUGCUGAAGGUCGUCCAGGUCCGACUCCAUCAUGGCAACCGGACUCUCAACACCUACGCCAUUCUGGAUGAUGGCUCAGAGCGGACGAUGUUACUGUCUGGUGCAGCUGAGGAAUUGGGGGUGUCAGGGACCCCAGAGGACCUGCCACUACCCGAAGACAAAGUUUAA